AGCUACACUAAGUACCACGUCAACUAUUAACUACAAACGAGACUUGACGGUUGACUGCACCUGUUGUUUCUUCUCUGGCACACUCUCUCUCUCCUUAUUUUGGUUCUUGGAAUCAGUGUAGUAGGUUGUAGGAUGAUUCUUAUCAGGACGAAAGACGACAAUAAACAGCUUUGGUCCGAAGAUGAAGCACAGGACUCCGAAAGAACUCAUGGUGAUGAACAGGGAGAUGGCGGCAUUCUGGAUCUCUGGUUGAGACUCUGUUGUGAAGUAAGUUGGUAUGAGUCCCACCCACACCACAAGGAGAGAGAAAGUACAGAACGAUAUGUACUUUGCUUCGUUGAAAUUUUUCGGGAACUUGAAACUAAAGACUCCGAGAAUAGUGGCAACUGCAAUAAUGCAGGUCUCAUAGAUCAGUGACAGUGCUAUAACGGCAGUUUCUUCCCUCUUGCAAGUGAUGACAACCUCUGGCAGUCC